CUCCCUGGUUCUUCCCUCCAGCCUCCUCCAGUCAUGUGACCGCGGUCCUGCCCCUUUAAGCAGGGCGGGCUGCCUGAUCUCCUCCCGGGACGCUUCCCUGCUCCUCCGCGCAGCGCCACAAACUUUCUCACUGAGCCCAGGAACAGAGCUGCGGAGCGGGACAGCCGGCCUCCAGCACCCGGGCUGAUUAUUAUUAUUCUUAAACACGCUUUAAACAACAUCAUCCUUUAAAAACAGGAGCUGCAGAAGCUCCAGAAGCCCCGCAGCAGAGAGAGAGAGAGAGGGAUAGAGGGAUAGAGAGGGGGAAAGUUGAUGGUGCAGAAGGAGGAGGAGGAGAGGAGAGAGACCCGGAGCUCGAGAGCGGGAGCGGGAGCUGGAGCGGAGCUGCGCGGGGAGAGGGAGCCGGAGACCCGGCAGAGAUAAGAUCCAGAGCCCGGAGGAGCAGCGGGAGGAGGAGGAGCGGGAGAGGAAAAAGAAAGGAGAGAUGCUGCUGAUUGAAGAAGCAUCCAGAAGAAAGAGAUAAAGGAAAGAAAGGAGGAACGGAACGGGUUUGAGUGGAACUUCACGAGAAAACAAGAUAAAAAAGAGGAAAAGUGCGAAGAUUAAAGACUACAAAUCAGCGGAGCCAUGCGCGCGGACCCAGCCUGAAGUGCUGCUGCUGCUUAGCCGGGAGGAGACGCGAUGCUCCGGGGGAGGCUGGGGCGGAGCAGAGGCGUGGGCUUGGUGGCAAGACGAUGAGCCUCACUCGGGAGAGAAAGACAGGGAUGAGAGCUGCUGAUGCUGAUGAUCUACAGAGCUGUCGCACGUCUACAAGCACAUCGACACAUCCAACAGCAUGAGGAGGACCUGUGGACUUUACUGCUUAACGUGCACGAGAGAAGAUGUUCACCUGAGCUGUGUGAGGUCAACCAAGUCAUAAAAUCAGAAUACUUUUAUCACACACUCUUUUUGGUGUUUAAAUUGGUUUUUACCACAAAUAAGAAGAACGUGAAAAACACUCUUCACACAAGCGAAUGACUAUAAGUGAAUGACUAUAAGCGAAUGAUUCCAAGCGAAUGGAUGGUUGAUGGUCCAGAUCCCGAGCGAUGAAAGGUGUCCACCGUCCAUGCUGAAGCCUCCCGCCCGCCCGCUCUCUCUCUCUCCAGCUGUGGCACCAGUCGCCUCCCCAUGCCCACGGUGGUACCCAGUGCCAUGCUCUUACAGGCGUCCCUCUUCCUCCACUGCGUCCUCCUGACUCUCGGCCAGUACGACAUAUGCAAGUCGCUGGUCAGCACUGACGAUGGACCCACGUGGGAGUAUUACGCCUGCCAGCCCAGAUCCAUGUCCAUGAAGGACUACAUGCAGGUCCGAGUGGACCCCCCCAACAUCACCUGCGGGAACCCACCUGAGAGGUUCUGCACGCUGGAAAACCCGUACCUGUGCAGCGAUGAAUGCGACGCCUCCACCCCGGACCUCGCCCAUCCGCCGCAGCUCAUGCAGGACCGCGAGCGCAACGGCCUCAUCACCUACUGGCAGACGGUAACGUGGAGCCGCUACCCGGAGCCGCUGCUGGCGAACAUCACGCUGUCCUGGAACAAGAGCCUGGAGGUGACCGACGACAUCGAGAUCACCUUCGAGUACGGCCGGCCCACCAUCAUGGUGCUGGAGAAGUCGCGAGAUAAGGGCAGAACCUGGCAACCCUAUCAGUACUACGCCGACGACUGCUUCGAAGUGUUCGGGAUGCAUCCCAAGAAGGUGCAGGACCUCUCGGCCGCCAACGUGACGCGGGUCAUCUGCACCGAGGAGUACUCGCGCUGGGUCGGCUCCAAGAACGAGAAGGCGGUGCGCUUCGAGGUCCGGUACCGAUUCGCCAUCUUCGCCGGCCCCAAGCUGCUGAACAUGGACAACCUGUACACCAGGAUGGAGAGCAUGAAGGGCCUGCGGGACUUCUUCACCUUCACCGACCUGAGGCUGCGGCUGAUCCGGCCGGCGCUCGGAGGAACCUACGUCCAGAGAGACAACCUGCUCAAGUACUUUUACGCCAUCUCCAACAUCGAGGUGCAGGCCAGGUGUAAGUGUAAUCUUCAUGCCGGACAGUGUACGUUCCGUGAGGGAAGUCUUCAGUGUGACUGUGAACACAACACCACCGGGCAGGACUGCGCUCGCUGUGAGAAAGGCUUCAAGGCCAAGUCCUGGAAACCUGGCUCUUACCUGCCCACCCCCAACGGCUCCCCCAACACCUGUGAAGCGGCGGGUACUCUUGGCAACUGUGAGUGUUACGGUCACUCGAACCGCUGCAGUUAUAUUGACUUUAUCAACAUUGUGACUUGCGUGAGCUGCAAGCACAACACUAGAGGGCAGAACUGCCAGCACUGCCGGCUCGGAUACUUUCGCAACGCUUCUGCUGAGCUGGACGAUGAGAAUGUUUGCAUAGAGUGUAACUGUAAUCAGCUGGGCUCUCUGAACGCUCGCUGUAAUGAGACGGGGUUCUGUCAGUGUCGGGACGGGACCACGGGUCAGAAGUGUGAGGACUGCCUGCCUGGAUACAACUGGAAACAAGGCUGCGUCCAGAACAUGUGCGAUGACGAGCUGCUGCUGUGCCAGAACGGCGGGACGUGUUUCCAGAACCAGAAGUGCAUAUGUCCGUCCGAUUUUAAAGGCGUGUUGUGCGAGCAGCCGCGCUGCGAGGGGGAGAAAGGCUGCAGCGGCGCCCCGGCCUCAGCCUGCUACCUCAGCCUCAUCACCACGGUGCUGUGCCUCCUCACCAGCAGCCUGCUCACCGCCAGCGCGUAGAGCCAGCCUCAGCCCACACGCAGCACCCCACCCCCGGCCACGCGGGGAGAGCGGAACAGCGGCCGCGGCUGUUACUGCACGGAGCGGACCUCGCCGCCCGGGGACGGCCACCGCGGCCACCGCCUGACCUUCCCACCAGAAGCUGCUUGCUUUUUUAUGUCUGCUUUUAGAACUGACUGAACUGAACCUCUGGACAGAGAGACAGACAGAGAGAGAGACAGACAGACAGAGAGACAGACAUACAUACAGAGAGACUUAUAAACAAACAAACAAAAAAAAGCUACAAACUACAACCUACGAUUCUCUGUGAACACAAAAGCAAAGAAAAAAGACUUUAAAAUAUAAAUAUAUAUAAAUAUAUAUCAAAAAUGACCAUUUUUACCUUACUUUGUUCUUUUCUUUUAAACGUUUCUCUUAGUAGACGUUCAGGCACCGCACCCUCACCAGCUGGAUAGUUUUAAUCUGAACAGUGGAGGAAAAAUCACGGGGGAAGAUCUCCUCAUGCCAAGGUUCUUCACUCUCACGGACUUUUGAUUCUUCUUAAUUCUACUGUUCUUAAUUCUAUUCGCUGCGUUCUACUUCUACCCUCAGUUCUCAGUUAUAUCACUCAGUCGCUCAACGUGAUUGGACGGUUGCGAUGAUGAGUAGAGUGUCUGUUAAAGUGGCUGUUAAAGUGCAAUGAUGAUGAACGAAUGAAUGAAUGAACGAAUGAACAAACAAACGAACGAACGAAUGAAUGCAUUAAUGCAUUAUUUAAUGAAUGAAUGAAUGCCUGUGUAGUUUGUUGUGUUCAAGAUUGUGUUACGUGGGUUCAGAAAGUAUGUAGAGGUGAGUAUAUAUAUAUAUAUAUAUAUAUAGAAUAUAAUAAUAUAAUUUAUAUAUAUGUAUGCCCAAAAAGCAAGAAGUCGAGAAAAAGAUCAAGAAAUCUAUAUCUGUCUAUCUGAAAGAGGAAAGUAUAAAUUAUUGUAAAUUAUUGGACAUUAUUUGAAUAUUUUUUGUAGAAAAAACAAAAUUGUUAUUUUUGUUCCAAGUAAAUGUUACCGUUAUAAAGAGCGACGAGAAUUUCUUGCAGUGCUCACUGUAAUACUAAUGAUAGUAAUAAUCACCGUCAGAGAAACGAUCAGCGAUCAUCAGUGCUGAUGCUGUGGAAUAUCCCUCCACCUAUACAGAUACAACAUAAUACAGAUACAACCUGAUACAGGUACAACAUAAAGGAUUUAAAAGCAAAAAUCGGUUCAACAAGGUACCCAGCUUUAGCUCUGUUUACGCCCCAUACUACACAGACGCCAGCAUGCAUAGAUCACGUAGACAUGGUGCUUUUAUAACCAUACGAGGACCUCAUUCAAUCCAACCAUCAGUCCAAUUCGUCCACAAUGUUCGAAAAAGAGAAAAAAGCACAUAAACAAGCACAAUAUUACAGCAAUUUACAAGAACCGACAGAGUAAAUCACAGACUGUGAACACUGUGAAGUCAGGCCAACUUAAAAUCAGUUUUUAAAGUCUUAAUUUUUUUAUUUGAAUUUUCAUUUAAAAGUUCUUCUAACCUCAUAAAUAAACAGUAUUAAAACCAUGAGCUGCAGCUAAAACUGAUUAAAUAUUGCAUCAAAAGUUGCACAAUUGCACCUUAAAACUCCCCCAAAAAAUGAUUAUGCUAUUACUUUAUAAAAAUGUUAUUAUAACAUUUAUAUUAUAUGGCCUUUCAAUUGUGUGUGUGUUUAUGUAGUGUAAUUCUACAGCUCUUGAGUGGCCCUACAGUCUAACUGCCUGCUUAUAAUCGAGUGUGAGGUGAUCGUAACUGUAAAUUCCAGCAAGGGCUCACAGGAUUAAUAUUUUUAAAAAAUCCCAUCUAAGGACAUCACCAGAUAGAGGCUGUUCAAAAAUAUAUCUUACGUACACAAACUAAAAUUUCCAGGUUAUGAUCAUUCAAAGGUUUAGUCUAGUAUUUAAGUAAAAUAUGACUUUAUGACCCCCUGCAUCUUAAUAAGCAGACAGUUAGACAGUUGUUCCACUCUAGAGCUGUGAAUCCAUACACAUUUCUGUGUCCAAAAAAAGAAGAAAAAGUUCAAUUUACUCAGAACUGUGUGUGUGUGUUUUUAUGUAGUGUAGUUUUACUGCUCGUGAGUGGCCCUACAGUCUAACUGCUGCUUAUCACAGAAUUCAUUUUUUUUUUUUUAAAUAAAAUUGAAGACAUCAUGGGAUGCUAGUGAUUAUCUUAACUACCAAUUAACCCAUUUGAUGAAAAAUCCUAGUUAUAACUAUAUAAAAUAUAUAUCAUUGUAUGACUUUAUGACUCUCUGCAUCUUAAAAAGCCGACAGUUAGACAGUUGCGCCACUCUAGAGCUGUGAACCCAUACACCUAUUUCAGUGUCCAAAAAAAGAAGAAAAAGCUCAAUCUACUCAGAACUGUGUGUGUGUGUGUUUUAUGUAGUGUACUUCCACAGCUCUUAAGUGGCCCUACAGUCUAACUGCUGCUUAUCAUCACGUGUGAGGUGAUCAUCAUAACCUUAAAUCUUAGUAAGGGCUCAUAUUUAAUGAGAAAAUCCUUAGCUAUAAUAACCAUUUUUGACCUUAUAGAGAUACUCGGUUUCAGGUAAAGCUAUGCUCAGGUAUUGCUGUGAUAUAAAGCAUCUAUUAAGGUUAUCUAUUAACAAUAAGGUAGUUUGGGUUGCCUAAUAAUAAUGAUUUGAUGUGCCCUGUAACUUAAAAAUAUAACUAUUAAAAUAAUUAUUAUUUCUUGUCUCUGUUUUAAUAUUUAAUCUGCUUUAGCUGCAGCUCAUUUACUAAUGUUUUAAUUCAAUGCAUAUAAUUUUAGGUUGAAUUAAUGUUAAAUCAACAUUGAUUCAACAUCUUACAUUUUUUUCAACAUUGUAAUAAAAUAUAGAUUACAAUCCAUUUUUAUUCUACUCUGUACACUAUAAAACAGUUCAGUUUUUCCAGGGUUGAGUAAAGACAGUGCUUCAAUACUGGUAAAAAAAUGUGAUUUAGGAGAACUUUAUACUAAACUAAACUAAGUUAACUCUUUUUUAACUCUAUUAUCAUGUUAAGUUGGUCUGAUCUAAGCUGUUUUUUUUAGUGCGGGCUGAGUUAGAAGGCUGACGUUGAUUGGAUGGUUUGGAUGGUGGUGGAUUGAGGGAUGGUCCUGAUGCUGCCAUGCUGUUACCAUGACGUUAGAGAUCAGGACAUGUGAACAGUGCUCAUCCCGGUCAAUGUGAGUUUAUUACUGUAGCAGAUACUGUGGAAGUGAGACCUUCAGGCUGCUAGGAGUAGGAUUGAUGGGCUGAUGAUAUUUGAUGGCUGAUGAUAUUUGAUGGCUGAUGACGGGGUUUGUCGUGUUUCACACCUUUUCAAGCUUUGCUUUCAGGCUUUCCUGAUCAUGAUGGGGAAAAACUAGCUGACUCAUCCUGUACUGUCAGCAUUCCAAAGAAUAAAAUAUGACAAUCAGAAAGCACACACAA